AUGUUUAGCCAAAGUCAUCGAGAUAGAACAUUUAGUAUAGAAUCAAAAUUUUCGUCAUCAGAGACUGAUUCUAAAGCAUUAAAGGAGAGUUUUAUCAAGGCAUUAAAAAAUAUGAGAAGCAUUUGUGAACAAGUGAAUGGUAAAUAUAAUAAAG